UCUGUUCGCUUUACAGUUCAUUCACCCUUAUUAAGAUGGAUAGGCUUGUGAAGGUGGAGGCGGCUAAGCUGGAGCUCCAUUUCCGGCCAUCGUAUCGCUGCACAGCCACCUUCAAAAUCACCAGCCUCAUCCACACGAUGCCGGUCGCCGUCAAGCUUUCAACCGUCCGUCCAACUUCCUAUUCAUUCUCACCCGACGCCGUCGCCCUCCUCCCGCCUCUCUCCUCCGCUGUAUUCACCCUCGUGCUCCUCCCCACGGCCUCGCCGCCCCUCGUCUCCCCUCCGGACGUCGUCGUCGUCGGAACAGCCCUGGCCCCCGCCCUCCAGCGCGCUAACUCCGCCGCCCUUCGCCACUUCUUCUCCCGCCCUGCUCUCCCCCUCUUCCGCGACGCCUCGCUCCCCAUCCAUCUCAUCGGCCCCCACUCCCUUCGCUCCCUGCUCUUAGGCAGUGGUUCAACCUCCUCCCUCCUUGCAAGCAUCAUCCCCUCCUGCACCCCUCCGGAGCUCUCUGCCGCACUGCUCCUCGCCGCCGGGGAUAGCAGCGGCGGCAACGCAGUUUCGUCCCUUCUCUCCGCCGGUGCAAACCCCAAUUCCCGCCCCGCAGCCGGCGGGAGGUCCGCGAUCUCCCUAGCAGUCUCCGCUGGGUGUGCGGAGGCCGUGGAAGUUCUCGUCAAGGCCGGAGCCACUGAUCGCCCGUUAAACGAGGCGGCGGCCGUGAACCGGACGGAUCUAAUCCUGUUCCUCCUCGCCGAAUCGGAUCUCGGGCUCGACUGGGCUGACAUGGCUGAUGCCGAUGGCCGAACGCCUGUCCACGCAGCAGCGGCAGAAGGCAGCGUCGAUGCCCUCCGCCUCUGCCUCUCCUGCGGCGGCGAUCCAGAGCGAACCGACGCUCGCGGAUGGACCCCACUCCACUAUGCCGCCGCCGGCGGCCACCUCGAGGCCACCUCGCUUUUAAUAAAAUCCUCUGACUUCAACCCGAGGCUCGCUGUGACACGAGGCGUUAAGUGGUGGUUGAGGAGAAAGACGGCGUUUGACAUCGCGGUGAAGAAGGGGCACUCACAUUUGUUCGAUAUUCUCCGGCCUGAGGACGAGCUGAUUCGGGCGGCGCGUUGCGGCAAGGUGGCGGCGGUUUCAGCUUCUCCUCUUAUAGAUGAGGCUGUGUUGGCCGAGGCGUGCUUGGAUCAACCAGUUUGGGAGUCUCAUGGGGAAGCCGCUUCAGCUGCUGCUCUUGUAAAUACUGGGAAUUGAAAGCCGUAGGAGGAGAAGGAUCAAAAACUCAUUUUUCUUCUUUUUUUUUUGCUUUACUUGUACAUUAUCAGAACAGAGGCUUGAUCGCACCCAGGUUGGUUACUCUUCUGUAUCAUGACCAUGAGGUGAGGUGAGGUGAGGUGACUCCAUUAAAAUUGAAAAUUUACUUUUUCAGAGCAAAAAAUCUGCUCAAUUGUUCCUCCCAGUCAUUAUCCAGUUGACUGGUGAUCGUGAUUUCAUUUUCAUUCAAUUUCUAUGAAACUAAAGUCAUUAGAAAUGAAGAGGUUUUGAAGGAAGUUGGUGAAGCAUGGAGUCGAACGUUGAUUAUAACCGCAUCCGGUUUUGUUUGCGAAAGAGCUUUAUGUAAUGGCUGAUUGGUUGUAUUCUUCACUGAGCUCAUAAGUCAAAACAUUUGCGCGCCAACCGCUGCUGAUUUGAUCC